ACUGUUGUGGAAGGGAGGUGCGAUGGAUGGAUGCUUUGCCCCGCUACGUUUUUCAUAUUUGUCUUAGUUUAAACAGAAUGCGCCUUCUCCGGAAAAAUUUACCCCUUGAUAUACUCCGCGCUGUUGCGGAGGGCUGCUAGCGCAGCAUUAAUAAAUGACCCAGAAGCAGCGUUUUUUCGUUAUAGUUUGAAGAUAAACGCUAGCUGAGGCUGUUUAAGUAGCUACAGAGCUAGCCCCUCCUUGCUGUCUGCCAUCGCAUUCUUGUGUGUCUUCUGCCCCAGGAAUGUUCUCCAAAAAGCCUCAUGGGGACGUUAAAAAAUCAACACAGAAAGUGUUGGACCCAAAGAAGGACGUGUUGACGAGGCUGAAGCAUCUCAGAAUAGUCAUAGAAAAUGCAGAACCAUCAGAGCUCAAGCAUUUCUUCGACUUGAACUACUCCCAUAUCUACUAUGUCUUCUUUGAGAACUUUGUCACCAUUGAGGUCAGCCUCAGGCAAAAAGGUCACAAGUCUCAGAGGGAGGAGCUGGACUCCAUCCUCUUCAUCUUUGAGAAAAUCCUCCAGCUCCUGCCAGAGAGAAUCCAGAGCCGAUGGCAGUUCCACAGCAUCGGGCUGAUCCUCAAGAAGCUGUUGCACACUGGGAACUCUCUGAAGAUCCGUCGUGAAGGUGUGCGCUUGUUCUUGCUGUGGAUGCAGGCAUUACAGAGUAAUGCAGAGCGGGAGCAGCUCUGCAUGUUUGCCUGUUUGAUUCCUGGCUUCCCAGCUCCACUCUGCCAUGGGACGCCACGCACCCUGGACACUCUGAUCAACCCACCACUGAGUUUAACAGAGACUCAAGUUACCCCAGAAGAGAUCACUCCACUGGUUCCUCCCCAGUCAGGUGACAAGAACCAGGAAGACCUCACAGCUUACUUUUUAGAAGCUCUACUCAAAUACAUGGUAAACCAGGCCAAGUCUCUUGAGUGGCGUUGUAAAGACAACCAUGAGCGUGGCUUCAGCUUCCUCUUUGGUCACUUCAGGAAGUUUUACCUUCCUCACAUCUUUCCCAACUUUGCCAUGGAAACCAGCCUCUACAACCCAAUACUGGAUGUGCCUCCGAUGCGUCCGAAGCCCUACUACAGCGUGGUGCGCCGGGAGCAAGAUGGCGGUGAAACAUUGUACUGCACCAAGGAGAGCUUCCUUCAGGCCCGAGUCAUCUUCAUCCGCUGGCUGGUUUCCUUCUGGCUUGAGCCACGACCCAACACACAGACUCACAUCCCAGGAACAGAGGGAGAGAACGUCCCAAAGAACAUACAGCGAGCAGCAGCCGGACUGGCAGCUCGCUCUGCGGGCAGCUCCGACGACAGCGGUGGACGGGGGAUUCGGUCCGACAGCCACCUGGAAGGUAGUGGAUGCUCAUCUGGACCCGGCGCAGGCAGCAUGGGGAUAUCUGGGGGCCCAGGGGCUGGGGGUGAGCCUGAACAAAGCCACUCCAACACAUCAACAUUGACAGAGAGGGAGCCCAGCUCUUCCUCACUCUGCUCCAUGGAUGAAGAGCAGCUGACUGACAUGGAGGUAGUGAGGAGAGUACUGACCAGCUCCAGAACCAACGUUAACUUCAUCACUGAGAUCUUUAGACAGGCAUUUCUUCUUCCCAUGUGCGAAGCUGCUGCAAUGCGUAAAGUGGUCCGUGUUUACCAGGAGUGGAUCUCCAUGGAGGACAGGCCAGUGUUUAUGAAGGAGCCAGAGGAGGGCCCCUAUCCCAUAGCCACAGGUGGCAGUCUGGAUUCAGGCUCUCAGCUUGGAGAUAAGGAGGAUGAGGGAAUGAACAAGGUGAUUGACAGUGAAUUGCUGGAGUACAGCGUUCAUGCUGGAGUUCAGACUACGCUACAGGUAUUCAUCACCCACUCCUCCAACGUUUUUCUACUGGAGCCAGCAAAUGACAUCAAGAUCCUUUUGGAGGAACAUGUUGAUAUGUGCAAGCGAGUCCUGAACAUCUACCGCAGCCUUGUCAUGCAUGAGACCAUGGACCAGAAAACAUGGGAGCAGGUCUUACUGGUUCUGCUGAGGGUGACUGAGUCGGUGAUGAAAAGACCUCCAUCCAUCAUGCCCCAGGGCAAGAAGAACAACACACUGUCAGGCAGACUGGCUGGACCUAUUUUUCAGACGCUGAUAGUAGCCUGGAUUAAGGGGAACCUGAAUGUCUAUAUCAGCAGAGAACUGUGGGACGACCUCCUGUCUGUCCUCUCCUCUCUUACCUGCUGGGAUGAACUGGUCACUGAGUGGUCACUCACCAUGGAGACCCUCACCAAGGUGUUGGCCAGAAACCUGUACAGUGUUGAUCUGAACGAGCUGCCCCUGGACAAACUCAGUGAACAAAAACAGAAGAAACAUAAAGGAAAAGGAAUAGGUUCAGAGGGCCAGCGACAGAUUGUGGAUCGUUCAUUCUCUAAAGGCUGGAGCAGAGACCAACCAGGCCAGGCGGCAGCCAUGAGGCAGCGAAGCGCCACCACCGCUGGCUCACCAGGCAUAGAAAAGGCCAGGAGUAUUGUCCGCCAGAAGACCGUAGCCCUGCGUAGCUGUUCUACGGGGGACUCUCUGCUGUCCUCAGCCUUUAUCCGCAGUGCUAAGAGUGCUCCUGCUCUGGCUCCGCCUCUUCCUGUCCUCCUCCACCACCACCACCACCCUUUACUACCCCCCCUUGCCGACCAGCUGGCAGACCUUGAGGACCCACCAAUCACGCUGACAUCCCGCACAUCUCGGAUGCGGCACUCCUCCCAGAGCGACGAGGCACCUCCCACCUCCUGUUCCGAGGUCUUCCAGGCGGGGACUUGUGACCUGGAUGGCCCAGCCCCUUCCUCCCUCGCCAGGAGCAGCAGUGCCUCUGACAUCAUGGAGCCUUUCAUCGCUGAGCGGGUCAAAGGUGAAGACCCCCAGAGGGAUCCCACUUCAAUCCCAAAUACCCACCACCACCACUCCACAACUUCUUCUUUACACGCAGCCAACAGCCACGCAGCUCAACCACUCCCACAACCCCCCGCCUCCCCCUCUCCCACCCCUUUUACCUUCUCUAAUGGUGUUGCUGUCUCGUCCUCAGAGGGACAAGAUGAUGGUAGUGUCAGUGACCAGUUCUGGCACCAGACUGGCUCUCGAUGCCAAGGUUCUAGUUCUGAUUGGGUAAGCGACUGGGAUUCUGCCUUCGCCUGUUCAUCUGAAAAGGAAAUCGAUGUAGAAGAGGGUGAAAUGUGGGCUGGGGGAGAGGAGGAUGAUUUAUUCUCUUCCAUUAGGGACUACCUAACUCACAAAGGAGGUGAGAAGAAGGAGGAGGCAGGAGAAAAAGAUGGUCCUGGUCAUGUACUAGAAAACAGUGUUGUAACUAUACCUGUACCUGUGCAAACAGGGGUACCUAGAACAAAAAUGGAAUCCACAGGACAGACAGUAGAGGCAAGACAGGUGGUGAGAGAGGACACACAGACUUGUAAAGAGGACAGCCAGGUAAGUAAAUCUGUGAGACAUAGCAGUGUGGAUUCAGCAGAGGACAAUGAGGGAGAGCAGCGGAGCAUUUAUGAGUGCCUGGAGUUGCAGUGCCAGUGGCCAUCACCCAAUGCUAGAGGGAGUGCUAGCUUAGAAAGACACACUGGGGAGAAAAAGGGAGGAGGAAACACAGGAGGGGCAGUAGGUAAAUGUGAUGUGUGGAGAGACAUAGGAGAGGGGAAACAGGAUGAUAAAGACACAGCAGCAAAGGAGAGGUCCAGUAUCAUUAGACAAGACACUAACACAGUAGAAUCAAGCUCUGAAUCACAUCAGAUUCCCCAAACUUCUGACACAACUAAGGCCAAGAUGUCCCGUAUUAGCACCAAGAGGCACCAUUCUGGGGGUGUUCACGUCAGCUUCCGGCCCUCAACUGAGUCAGUCCAGUUCCACAACCCCCUUGAGAGUAAAGAGGCCCACUGGAAAGCCAGGCUGCGCCGCCUCAGUCACUUCCACACACACAGUCACUCAGCCGGGGAGAGGCCUGGGGCCGGAGCUGGGGCAGGGUCAGGUGCGAAGCUGGGAGCAGGGGGUGCAGGUAAGUUUGGCUCUGUAGCUGGAAUUAGCCAUAGAGCAGGGGCGUAUGAGAAAUUUGCCACUGGGACUGUUGCGGAUAAUAGUGGGGCGGGGAACGCCGCAAUUCAAGGAGGCCUGGAAAGCAGGGCUGGGACUGGAGGGGACAAGGACAAGCAACAUCCCGGAUCCUUUGUGGGAUCCAGCCUGGGCUCUGAGGCUCACUCAGAGGUGUCAUCAAGCAGUUCAGGUGUCUCUGGCGUGUCGUCAGGGGUACGUGGCCGUUUGGGACGUUCCGCCUUGCGAUCUCGAGCGUCCCGCUCACGCUCCCAAGAGCCCGGCAGCACUGCCUCUCGACACCACCAAGGGGCUCUCCUCGGUGGCGUCUAUAAGAGUGUGGUUCACGCGCUGUCCUCAAAGCCUCGGCCCCGAGGUCAGGGGUCAUCCCAGGGCUCGUCGCCACAGCGGCAGGGCCGAGCUGCCAUGGGUGACGCAUCGCUAAGAGACCUGUACUCCCACGUCCUGGGCUACUUUGGACGAAAGACGACUACGCCAGUCAACAAAGAGGAGGUGGUCCAGAAGGCUCGUCCAGUGUCCAGUGACAUAGGAACCUCCAACCCAAACUUCUCUGACCUCAUGGAUGAGUUUAUCCAGGAGAGGCUGCGGGCCAAAGGAACAGCUGGCCGCCGUGGUAGCAGCCCGGGAAGUCUGGAGGUUCCCAGGGACCUGCCGGAGCUCCUGGAGGCAGGUCAGAGUCCUGCUGGAUCCCGACCUUCAGAUGAUCUCCGUCCUAUUGAUGAUCCGGGGGUUCCCUCUGAAUGGACGUCACCUGCGAGUGCCAGCGGUUCUGAUGUAAUCAGCUCAGACAGCCAGUCAGACUCCUUUAAUGCCUUUCAGUACUCCACCUGCAAGUUUGAAAAUUUUACUUUCAGCUCAGAAGCAUGUGGAGGAGGAGCUGGAUCUGGUGGAGGAGGUCGAGGCAGCUCGCUGGACCAGGACAGCCUGGGAGGGGGCGUGGCCUGUGAAGAACAUGAAGUAGCCAGUUUGACAACACUUCACCUCGACUCAGAGACCAGCAGCCUCAGCCACACUGUCACUGUUACUGGUUCUGAGAGUGCAUCUCCCAUGCAUUCCCUUGGGGGCUCUCGUUCCCAGACGCCCUCCCCUGCCACACUGACAGCAGAGCACACUGAUCACACACACUCCCACUCGCACACACACCUACAGCUGGACCAGAAGCUCCACAACUCCGUCCUGCAGACUCCCGAUGACCUGGAAACCAGUGAGUUCCCCAGCGAGGACUGCAGUGUGAUGGCGGGUGGCUCUCUAACUGGAUGGCACGCAGAUGUUGCCACGGUAAUGUGGCGGAGGAUGCUGGGUAUCCUGGGGGAUGUCAAUAGCAUCAAAGACCCAGAGAUCCAUGCUCAAGUCUUCGAUUAUCUGUGUGAACUGUGGCAAAACCUGGCCAAGAUAAGAGAUAAUUUGGGCAUUUCCCUGGACAACCAGUCAUCUCCCCCUCCACCUGUUCUGAUCCCACCCCUGAGAAUCCUCACCCCCUGGCUCUUUAAGGCCACCAUGCUGACAGAGCGUUACAAGCAGGGGAAGCUUCAUGCCUACAAGCUGAUCUGCAGGAUCAUGAAGAGACGGCAAGAUGUUUCCCCAAACACAGACUUUCUCACACACUUCUAUAACAUCAUGCACCAAGGACUGCUGCACCAAGACCAGGACAUUGUGAACACCAUCAUAAAACACUGCAGUCCCAGGUUCUUCAGUAUUGGCCUGCCUGGAGCCACCAUGCUGAUCCUGGACUUCAUCAUUGCAGCUUCUAGAGUCACUGCCUGCUCAUCACUCAAUGCUCCUAGAGUAGAGGCCCAGAUCCUGCUUGGAUCUCUGAUGUGUUUUCCCAACUUGUAUGGGGAGCUUCCAGCCCUCCACCCCACCACAGCCGACGUGGUGCUUACCAAGUUUCCUGACGUCAAGGAGCACGUUAUUAAAACUGUCCUGACCUCUGCCAGGGAUGAGCCCUCUGCUCCUGCCAGGUGUGUGGCUCUGUGUAGUCUGGGUAUCUGGCUGUGUGAGGAGUUGGCUAAUGGAACUCAACAUCCACAGAUUAAAGAUGCUCUCAACGUCAUCUGUGUUACUCUGAAGUACCCCAAUAAGAACGUGGCACUGGUGGCAUCGGACAUCCUUCAUCUCCUGAUCAGCCAUGUGGAUCAUCUUCAGAAAUUCCCCCCUGACACUCCAAAGAAGAUCGUAGAGAUUUUGAUUGCCACCAUCACUUACUUGCUGCCUACGACUGAGUCCUCUCCUCAUGAACUGGAUAAGAGGCUGGUAGUGUCUCUCCUGUUGUGUCUGUUGGACUGGGUUAUGGCUCUGCCUCCAAAGACUCUUCUUCAACCUGUUCAAACACGAAGCCCUCCAGAGAAGGACCAGCCUACCAAGACUCUGCUCAGCUGUAUUUAUAAGGUGUUGCAUGGUUGUGUGUAUGGAGCCCAGUCUUUCAACAGUCCCAAGUAUUACCCGCUGCAGCUGUCGGACCUGCUGAGUCCAGACUAUGACCCCUUCCUACCACUAGAAAGCCUGCGAGAACCAGAACCCCUGCACAGCCCAGACUCUGAACGCUCCAGCAAAAUCCAGCCUGUCACUGAAGUUCGUAGCCGUAUUCAGCAGGGCCUGGUUUCCAUCGCAGCCAGAACAGUUAUCACACACUUGGUCAACCAUCUAGGACAUUAUCCAAUGUCUGGAGGGCCUGCUACUCUAUCUAGUCAGGUGUGCGAAAACCAGGACAACCCAUUCUGUGAGAGUGCAGAUCUCGGACCAGAGCUUUUCCAUUCACCAAACCUACAGUUUCUGGUCCUGAACGGCUCCACACUGCUCUCAGUGUAUCAGAUUCGAUCAGAGUCUGGUGUACCAGGAGGCGGAAUGACUGCUGGUUUGUCCUCUGCUCCCGCUUGUGUUCGUGUCAUCAUCCGUGAUGUAGCUGGAAAACACUCCUGGGAUUCUGCAGUGCUCUACGGGCCCCCACCAUGUUCCCCAAACAGCCCAACACACACGUUUUUUUCACACACACAAUCACCCCUCAGUACGAAUCUUCAUUUACGCACCCCACCAGGAGGUCCGCCGAAAAAGAUGGAAGUGAAGGGAGAAGGCAGCGAGGAGGAGGGGCAGGGGGAGGCCGAGGAUGGAGGAAGAGGGAUGGAGGGUGAACAGCAAGAGUUUCAGGCAGAGGUGGAGGAGGAGGAGGAAGCAGAGGAGAGGAAGGUCGGUGAGGAAGAGAAGGGUGAACAAAGAGGAGAUGAAAGAGAUGAGGAAGAGGAGGAGCUGGAGGAAGAGGAGAAGAACAAGCAUAGGAUGGAUGGGGCUGAGGAUGGAGGGGAGUCGGGCUCGGAACAGCUUCUAGCUCCACCAUUGGCUAAACGUGUGUGUCGGGAUGCUGUGCCAGCAUGGGACUCGCUGACUGAGGGGGACGAUGCACUGGAUGAAAUGCUGCAGUACCUGGGAUACUCGAGUCCUGAGUGUCUACAGAGAGCAGGCAUGCCGCUCAACAUCCCAGCCCCUCCUCCAGCGUGUGUUUCAGAAAAGCAGGAGAACGAUGUGAUCAAUGCCAUCCUGAAGCAGAGCGCUGCGGAAAGAGAGUUUGUCCUUCAUAGAGGUGAAGAGUUGAACAUGAGGGCAGUGCAGCAGACUGAACCAGAGACUCAGACGCCACAGUCAGCCUUCUACUACUGCAGACUACUGAUCAACAUACUGGGACUCAACUCGUGGGAGAAGAGGAGUAACUUUCAUUUGUUGCGGAAGAAUGAGAAGUUGCUGAGAGAGCUGAAGAACCUGGACUCACAGCAGUGCCGUGAGACUCAUAAAAUAGCCGUGUUUUAUGUGGCUGAGGGCCAAGAGGACAAACACUCCAUACUAACCAAUACAGCAGGCAGCCAAGCGUAUGAAGACUUUGUCUCUGGACUGGGUUGGGAGGUGGACCUCACGACUCACUGUGGCUUUAUGGGAGGUCUCCAGAGGAAUCGCAGUACAGGCCAGACUACGCCUUACUAUGCCACCUCCACUACAGAGGUCAUCUACCACGUCUCCACCCGCAUGCCCCAUGACCAGGACCACAACCUCACUAAGAAGCUUCGACACCUGGGUAAUGACGAGGUUCACAUUGUUUGGUCGGAGCACUCCAGAGACUACCGUCGAGGGAUCAUCCCCACUGAGUUUGGAGACGUGCUAAUCAUCAUCUACCCCAUGAAGAACCACAUGUACUCCAUCCAUAUUCUCAAAAAACCUGAGGUGCCAUUCUUUGGUCCACUGUUUGACGGUGCCAUAGUGGACGUGAAGAUUUUGCCCACCAUGGUCAGAGCCACAGCCAUCAACGCCAGUCGGGCUCUCAAAUCCCUCAUUCCCCUGUACCAGAACUUCUAUGAGGAGCGCGCCCGAUACCUCGAAACCAUCGUACAGCACCACCAGGAGCCGACCACAUUUGAGGAUUACGCAGCUCGUGUCUACAGUCCUGCUCCCUGCACACACCUGCCCUCUGACACAGGCUCCUGCCUAGAGAUUCUUCGGGGAGAAAGUCCGGCUCUUGGGGAGGCCGGGAGCGACUCGGCGUCCCCCAUGUCUCCUCGGACUAGCAAGAGCCGCAUGUCCAUGAAGCUGCGACGCUCCUCUGGAUCGGCCAAUAAGACUUAAGAUCUCUAGAUUACGUGGUCCAGUCCAAACUGACACUCCACGUCGUUCAUGUCUGAUCAAGCAGUCAGACACGGAAGUCCUCGAAAAAUGUUUCUCCAGAUGAAAUUUGGUCUACAGCUGCACUUAAAAGUACAAGAAAUUAAACAUGACACACAUUGAAAUACACAUAUCCAUUUUCAGCAGGAAAAAUGAUUCGUGAUGACGGGCUCAUCCCAUCUCCUCCAGCAUGCUGCCGUUCUGAUUGGACACUGGCCUUGUAUGUACAGAACGCUUUGACGCACAGUUGUACUCGAAUAAACAUAUGUAAUAGUAUUCUGUGGACUAUAUUAUACUAUAACUUUAUUUUGAAAGUCACAGCUCACAGCUGCUGAAUUUAUCUUAAGCUUUGCUGUCUAAAAACCAGUCGAACCAGUGCUGCAGCAUGCUGACCUUCGCCACAGUAGAAACAGCUGAACAAGCACAGCCCAAGCAGUGCAGUAUUAGUUCAUAAUAAUCUGUGCCAUGUUAGAAACUGCUCAAACUGCAGUGCAACCGGGACUGCAAAAAAAAAAAAAAGCUUAAGUGUGCCACAUUAUACACUGAGGUCAAACUGCAGAACAAAAACAAACAAAAGCAGAGACUCUUCAGUCUGUGUUGUCGAACAUCUGUAUAUUUGUACAAUAGUCAGUCCAUGCGUGUACAGACAGAAACAUGAGUUUUGAUACAAAAAGAUUGAAUUUAGAGUGGCUGCAUCUAUAGUGUUGCUGGAAGAAAACAAGAUUAAAGUCUAUUUUUGUUCUCAGUGCAGCAUUAGGCCCGUAAAGAUAAGGGCAGCGCUUUCAAUUCAGCGCUCAUAAAAUGUAAAUAGUAACUCAUCCGUUUGCUAAUAAUGAUAAAAAAAACUGUCAUUGUGGACACUCUCAAGCCAAAAAUGCUCACCGUGUUUGAAUCCAGAAGAAAAUCCCCUCCUUGAACUUCUGGGAGUCAAAGCUGACCCUUCGCGUGAAGCCGUGUGAGAAACAGUGUUAAAGUAAUGAUGGAGGGACUGUUGGUCUUUCAGAAAGGAGAGAGAAGCGCUAUCAGACAGUUAACAAGACAUCACUGAUCAAAGAGGAAGCACUUGUUAUAUAAAGUUUAGUUUUGACUUUUUUGCUCAUGCUGUAAAAUGUGAACAAGCACUGAUGUUCAUUGCAUUUACUUUCUUCCUUUUUUUUUUAUUUUUCUUUUUAAAAUCGACUGUAAAUUGUUUUUUGACCCGAACAAGAAUGUUGCUGUAUUUUUAAGUUCAGUGUCGCUCCGUGAUCUGAUGCAAUCGAACCACAGCUGUUCUUUCUUUGUUCCUUUGACUCUAUAUAUUCUGUAUAUCUAUAUAUGUAUGAGUAUAAAUAUAUAUAUAUAUAUAUAUAUAUAGUAGAUAUAUGAAUAUCUAUAAGAAUGUGUACAGUGUGAGGAGGCUUGUUGUGUAAAUACUGUUCUGUGAGAAAAGCUGCCAAAGCCAAACUGUGGUUUAACCUCAAAUCACAUAUCCGCUUAAAAUGGGUUGACACUACAAGAUGUUCUGUUUCAAUGGUUUCUCCUUUUCAUAACCAGUUUGCACUUCAUUGUCUCUGAGUUUCAAGGUGAACUCAUUCUUUACUGUUUAUAUACAUAACUGUAGUACCACAGCCAGACUGGGGGACAUUUAAUGGAAAAGAAAACCAGUUGCAGGCCAUCAUUUUCCUCAUGUUUCAUUGUUUGACAUAUUGCUGAAUGAGGCUCGGCGUCUUUCGAUGGUAAUUCAUUAUCACCACCUUCGUGGGGUUGGAAGGAGGAAAGCUAGAUUUAGAUACUGCAAAUCCAAGGCCAAAGAGGGGAAGAAAGGAAAGAGAUCUCAGCGUAUCAUCAGUUAUAUAUGAAUGGUUUUGCGCUUUUUGUUUCACGCUGCUCUUAUAUAUUGACUCAUCCCUGCUCCAGUGCUGAAUGGAGGGGAUCCGCAUGUAAUCACAAAAUGUAACACUAACCAUAAAUGAUUUUCAUGUAUGUUAACGGCGUCAUUUUACACUCCAUCAGCUCAGCUCGGCACAAAUAAAACUGACAAGGUUUCAGAUUAGCUUACAUUGUUCAGAGUACUUCCAUCUCGUCCUCCUUUUUAAAUGGUGGCGUGUUUUCCGCAUGUCUCCGUGAUUUCCUGGUUUCAUGGCCUACAGGAAACAAACAUGAAAGGUCUGUAUUUUAAAACAUGCAUCUGAGUUAAAGGGUUUGCAUCAGGCCUCACUGCUUGAAGUGUAUUCACAGCUGUGUUUUCUGUUACUGCUGAAUAUUUUUAUGUUUUAUUUCAGUCAUAAAUUCUCCAUAGAGAAGGACAGGAUUGUAACAUUUUUUUGUUGGUUUGUUUUUUUGCCCCUUUUGUGGGAGUUGAAAUUGUUAGCUUUUAGAAAUUUGUCAAAUUCAUGUUGUGUUUCUUUGUGAAUAUUUGGAAAUCAGCUGAGAUUUGAGUUGUCCCUUUAAAUUAUUGCUGUUACAGUUCUUGUUACUGCUGAAGUUGAAGCGCCAUUGAUAGUAGCCCAGUAGCCCCACUGCACUCUGGGACUGAUCUGUUCAUGCUGUAUAUAGACUACAGCCCGCCUGCCAGUCGCCAGCUGCGGCUCAAUUUGCUUGGUUACAUCCUGCAAACACUUUGACAACCUGAGCCUGUUCAGUCCAGCCUAAACUCUGUCCAAGUACCGACACCACACAGCAACGCCCUGUUUACACUCCUUUAUACUCUUUGGAUUAAAAUCCCUCGUCCCCACAUGAUUACUGGAGUCAUGAUGCUGCUUUUAUGUCUCGUGGAAAAAAAUGGGAAAUUUCAGCCUUCAAAUUUGCAGAUUUAAAAUAGGAUUUCAGUGUUGAGCUCACAGUGAUCUGCUCACUAAACUGGACUUAACAGACUCAUGAUUUCAGAAAUGUAUGUUUGUUCAGUCUGACAGCUCUGAUAAGCAGCAACCAAAACCUGUGGAAGACCGAAGUUAUACAAAGCCUCUCACAAUUACGAACGAUUCAUAUCUAAUACCCUGCCUGUCUGGAUUUUGACUCCCCUUUCGUCUGCAGCCAUAUCAACCGCAGUAAUGUCCCUUCAUAAUGAAUAAUUGGAAGCUCUGUGCCUGUGUCAAUGGAUGCUCUGGAUGCUGUGAUGGAUACGAGUUCAGCUGUCGUCCACACGUUAGUUUGGGACAAAGCUGAUGUAUGUAACUACUGACUGUACAUACUGCAUGACGCCAGUUCAGUACUAACUGCAUGUGUUGAUCAUGUAACAGCUGUAUCACAGCAUACACACACUCCUCAAAACUAUGUUACUGUCAGACCUGUAGUAUGUAAACGUGUAAUGUCUCUUUUGGACACACAGAGCGAUGAUGGAAUUUGACAAUAAAUGAUUCAUACCACUGA